AUGUUCGACUUUCAGAAAGAGAUGAGGGAAUACUGUGUCUCUGACGUCGCUGUUCUCAGAGAAGCCUGCUUAAAAUUUCAAGCUCUGAUGCUGGAAGCCACUGGUGAAAAACAGAUCGACCUCGAUACCAAAGCUGUCACCUACAUCAAUGGCAUCGAUCCGUUUGCCCAGUACAUCACCAUUGCCUCGGUAUGUAUGGGCAUCUUUCAGAGCAAAUUUCUCAAGAAACAUCAGCAUGUCAAACUUACAGACACCCAGGAAAUCACAGACUGGAUGACGGUAAGAGAGGAUGGAUCCAUCAAGGUGAAACCUGAUUUAUGGCUGACGGAAGAAGAGUUGAGAGAUCGUGGGAUGACCAUCGUCGAGUCUGAAACUGUACCCAGUCCUAUAGCUCAAGUGCCAAGUGAGGGAAAGAGAGAAGAACUGAAACUGAAAGGAUACAAAGUCAUCGAAAUCUGGGAACACGAGUUUAACCAUCUUCAGAAAUCCAACCCAGAGCUGAAGCAGUUUGUGAACUCUUUGGAUCUUCAAGACCGGUUAAAUCCCAGAGAUUCAUUCUUUGGAGGAAGAACGAAUGCCAGCACGUUACACUAUAAAGUCAAAGAAGGGGAAGAAGUCAAGUACGUGGAUUUCACAUCUCUGUAUCCGUGGGUCAACAAAUAUUGCCAGUAUCCCGUAGGACAUCCUGAAAUCAUACACAAGGAUUUCAAGCCACUGGAUCAAUACUUUGGAAUCGCCAAGGUGAAAGUUGCCCCUCCUAGAAAACUCUACCAUCCUGUUCUGCCUUACCGUUCCAAUGGAAAACUCAAAUUUCCUUUGUGCAGAACCUGUUCGGAUCAGGAACUACAAACACCAUGCCAUCAUUCGGAUGAAGAGAGGAACAUCACUGGAACCUGGUGCAUACCAGAAAUUCUUAAAGCCAUGGAAAAGGGGUACCAAGUCAUCACAGUGUACGAGGUCUACCACUGGCCUGAAACAACCCAGUACAAUCCAACGACACGUGACGGUGGUCUCUUUGCCGAGUACAUCAACACCUUUCUCAAGCUAAAACAAGAAGCCAGUGGAUGGCCCGAAUGGUGUUUGACAGAUGAAGAUAAAGACCAAUACAUCAGGCAAUACAGAGACAAAGAGGGCGUACAGCUGGAUAAAGAUAAAAUCACAAAGAAUCCGGGACUUCGUUCACUGGCCAAGCUGUGUCUGAACAGUUUCUGGGGGAAGUAUGGUCAACGUCUGAACAUGAAACAGUCUGCCUUCAUCCACGAAAGCAAUGCAGACGUUUUCUUCCAGAUGUUGGCAGAUCCCACCAAAGAAGUUAUCGAUUUCCACGUGUUGACAGAAACCAUUUUGCAGCUCGAAUACCAACACAAAUCCACCUUCAUCCCAGAAGAUUUAAAAACCAACGUUUUUCUGGCGACCUUUACCACUUCCUGGGCGAGAUUGAAGUUAUACAGUGUGUUGGAACAGCUGGACGAAAAUGUGUUGUACUACGACACGGACUCGGUCAUUUUCGUGGCAAGGCCUGGAGACUAUCAGCCCCCUCUGGGAGAUUAUCUUGGUGAAUUGACUGACGAAUUGGAUGGUCAGUUCAUCACCGAAUUUGUCAGUGGAGGUCCCAAAAAUUAUGGCUACAGAACCAAUAAAGGCUCAGAAGUGUGCAAGGUGCGAGGUUUUUCCUUAAACUAUGCCAAUGCACAGCUCAUCAACUUUGAAGCUAUCCGCGAGAUAGUUUUGUCACCCACCAGAGAUGCUACCCUGACCGUGACGAACCCAUCCAAAAUUUCAAGAGAAAAAAGGAAGAGAAAAAUUUACAACAAAGUGGAAGAGAAAAGGUACAAGAUAGUGUACCCAAAGCGUGUCAUUCAAGACAAUUUGGACACUCUUCCUUAUGGCUAUUAA